AGAACCCACUCUACUCUACCAGAAGAUUAAGAGAGUCUCGCGAGUCGAGAAAAGCACUCAAUUUCAUAAUAGUACGGAUCAGCUUGGAACGGCGUGCUUGGCCGGAUUUGAAAAUAGCAUUCAACACUGUUGCUGGGACUGAUGAUGGCGCACGCCAUCCACGGCAUCCAGCCAUCACCUGAUUGAUGAUCGGCAGACGAUGCGACACACCUUCCUCUCUGGAAAGUUACGCCGUGCUUGACCGAUAAGGAUGUACACUAAGUCGCGCCUUGGCAUAAUGCCCGAUCAAGGUGAUAAGCCCUCCGAAAAGCGCCGCCCAUGUCGUACUGAACUUGAAGAGCGUGUUCUACAAAGCUUUGCCAGCCGAAAAGCUAUGUCAACAGAGGCGAAAAGCUUGGCGGUGGCUCAUUCGAGUGGUCAGUGCUCAAAAAGAACUCAUUCCGUGCGGUGCGAGAAGCGCGUGCUGCUCGCAAAAACAACCCCAGAAAUAUAAAAACAAUCACACAACACACUGUAAACUAAGGAUAAUUGCAAAACAGGAUAAUUACAGAGCUCGAAACAGGGAAGAUAGUUCAAAAAGUUACCUGAAACCACAAAUCAAAAACAAAAUGCCAGCGGAAAAAUCAAUAUACGAUCCAAAUCCGGCCAUCAGCCAAAAUGCCUACAUAUCCAGCUUCGAGGAAUACCAGAAGUUCUACCAGGAGUCGCUGGACAAUCCUGCGGAGUUCUGGUCCCGUGUGGCCAAGCAGUUCCACUGGGAGACUCCAGCAGAUCCGGAGAAGUUCCUCAAGUACAACUUCAACAUCUCCAAGGGACCCAUUUCGAUCAAAUGGAUGGAGGGUGCCUCGACGAACAUUUGCUAUAAUCUCCUGGAUCGGAAUGUUAGGAACGGCCUGGGCGACCAAAUCGCCUACUACUGGGAGGGCAACCACCCCGACGACUAUUCCCGGGGACUCACCUACCGCAAGUUGCUGGAGGAGGUGUGCCGCUUUGCCAACGUGCUGAAGGACCAUGGCAUCCGAAAGGGCGACCGUGUGUCCAUCUACAUGCCAAUGAUCCUCGAGUUGCCCAUCGCCAUGUUGGCCUGCGCUCGAAUCGGAGCCGUGCACUCCAUUGUUUUCGCGGGAUUCUCGCCGGACUCGCUGGCGGAGCGAAUGUUCGACUGCAAGGCCAAGUUGCUGAUCACGGCCGAUGGAGCCUGGCGUGGAGAGAAGGCCCUUUACCUGAAGGCCCUCUGCGACACCGCCCUGGAGAAGGUCGAGGAGAUGGGCCACUCGGUGGAGAAGUGCAUCGUGGUGUCGCAUCUGAAGCGCGUCACCCCCUGCCAGCCGGAUCAUGUCGAGGAGGAGAUCCCGUGGACCGACGACCGCGACUACUGGUGGCACGAGGAGAUGGAGGACAAGGAGCCGGCCUGCUAUCCCGAGUGGAUGGACGCCGAGGAUCCGCUGUUCAUGCUCUACACCAGCGGCUCCACCGGAAAGCCAAAGGGAGUGCUCCACACCACCGCCGGGUAUCUGCUCUAUGCGGCCACCACCUUCAAGAUCGUCUUCGACUAUAAGCCGGGCGAUAUCUACUGGUGCACCGCCGAUGUUGGCUGGAUCACGGGACACACGUACGUGGUCUACGGACCACUGGCCAAUGGCGCCACUUCGGUGAUCUUCGAGGGCACCCCGUUCUUUCCUGGAAACGAUCGGUACUGGAGCGUCAUUGACAAGUAUAAGGUCACCCAGUUCUACACAGCUCCCACGGCCAUCCGUGCGCUCAUGAAGUUCGGCGAGGGACCCGUGCAAAAGCAUAACCUAAGCGGUCUCAAGGUUUUGGGCAGUGUGGGUGAGCCCAUCAACCCGGAGGCUUGGCUCUGGUACUACCGCAACAUUGGCAAGGAGCAGUGCUCCAUUGUGGACACCUUCUGGCAGACGGAAACCGGAGGUCAUGUCAUCACACCCCUGCCCGGAGCCACGCCCAUGAAGCCUGGAUCCGCUUCAUUUCCCUUCUUUGGCGUCAAACCCACUUUGCUGGAUGAGUGUGGCAUCGAGAUCAAGGGGGAGGGAGAGGGCUACUUGGUUUUCUCGCAACCUUGGCCGGGAAUGAUGCGCACCUUGUACAACAACCACGAACGCUUCGAGGACACGUACUUCUCCAAGUUCCCUGGCUACUACUGCACUGGCGAUGGUGCCCGUCGCGAUGCUGAUGGCUACCUCUGGAUCACUGGACGUGUGGACGACAUGUUGAACGUAUCCGGACAUUUGAUGUCCACCGCUGAGGUGGAGUCGGUCCUCACGGAGCAUCCUCGUGUGGCCGAGUCGGCGGUGGUCUCCCGACCGCAUCCUGUCAAGGGCGAGUGCCUCUACUGCUUCAUCACGCCCAACGAGAACGAGGUGUUCGACCAGAAGCUGAUUUCCGACCUGAAGAAGAUGGUGCGCGAGCGCAUUGGACCCUUCGCCAUGCCGGAUGUCAUCCAGAAUGCUCCCGGAUUGCCCAAAACCCGCUCCGGCAAGAUCAUGCGCCGUGUGCUGCGCAAGAUUGCGGUGAACGAUCGCAAUGUGGGCGACACCUCGACCCUGGCCGAUGAGCAGAUUGUGGAACAGCUGUUCGCCAACCGGCCGGUGGAGGCCAAGUAGAUGGUGGUGGCAGAUGGUAGCGGCUAGAAUCCCCGCCCCAAGGCUUUUUCCGGCUUGCAUUGACUGCACUCCACUCUGCCGUCGCAUUUCAACCACUUGCGUAUCCCGAUUACGUAUCCUGUAAAUCUCCCCCUAAUUAUAUAGAAUUCCUGUUGCUUACUGUUCGUCCCGUUCCGGACUGCGGCGUGGCUUCUAAACCUUCUAAAUUCUAUCUAGUUCGUAAGCCUAAGCGUGAGCGUAAGUAACUUCCGCUCGACGUAACUAUCAAUCGUCUAACUCUGUGUCUUUGCCUGAUCACCGUAGUUAACACGCUCAGCACGCACACAUUUUCCAGCUCUUUUGUUUCUUCGUUGUAGUCGUAGUUUAAGUUCUCGCUAAUUUGUUGUGAUACAUGUUUAAUUAUAUCUUAUGUAUGUAUUUUUAGUAGAAUUGAUAUGAGACAAAAUAUAUACACGAUUCCAGUUGUAGCCAAAAAUUA